AACGUUAAAGAACAGUUUGCAGUCUGACCAACCCACCAAUUUUUCCUCGCGGGGCUGUGUCAAUUGUGGGUGCAGAAAUCCAUUGUUAAGGAAACGCAGUGAAGAGGAGGGAGUGCGUGGGUUUCCACCCAGGUCUACAAGUACAAGUGAAAAUGGUGCGAGGGACUGUGAGCCGUGUGAUCAGCAGAGUGGGCAGAUCAUGGCAGCAGCAGCAGCAGCACCACCGUCACCAACAACUACGCCAUCUUAAUGUCCACGAAUAUCAGGGUGCGAAUUUAAUGAGCAAAUAUGGAGUGAAUGUACCAAAAGGUGUGGCUGUAUCUUCAGUUGCAGAAGUGAAGCAGGCCAUCAAAGAUACUUUUCCUGGAGAGGAGGAGGUUGUUAUCAAAAGUCAAGUUCUUGCUGGUGGUCGAGGAUUGGGAACAUUUAAGAAUGGAUUUAAAGGCGGUGUUCAUAUUGUUAAAACUGAGAAAGCAGAGGAUGUUGCAGGGAAGAUGCUUGGACAAAUUCUUGUUACCAAACAGACUGGACCAGAAGGGAAGCCCGUUAAUAAGGUGUACUUGUGCCAGAAGCUCUCUCUUGCUAAUGAAAUGUACUUUGCUAUUACCCUUGAUCGUGUAACUGCUGGUCCUGUCAUAAUUGCUUGCAAAAAGGGUGGUACCAGCAUUGAAGACCUUGCAGAAAAGUAUCCUGACAUGAUUAUUAAGGUCCCUAUUGACAUUUACAAAGGGAUCACAGAUGAAGAUGCUGCAAAAGUUGUAGAUGGCUUGGCUCCUACACUUGCUGAUAGAAAUGCAUCAAUAGAUCAGGUCAAAAAGCUGUACAAGCUGUUCUGUGAAGCGGACUGUACACUUCUUGAGAUCAAUCCUAUUGCAGAGACUACAGAUGGCCAAUUGGUUGCUGCAGAUGCAAAACUGAAUUUUGAUGAUAAUGCUGCAUAUCGUCAAAAAGAAAUUUUUGAGCUCCGUGAUAAGUCUCAAGAGGAUCCAAGAGAGGUUGCAGCAGCUGAAGCUGACUUAAACUAUAUUGGAUUGGAUGGAGAAAUUGGUUGCAUGGUUAAUGGUGCUGGCUUGGCAAUGGCUACAAUGGAUAUCAUAAAACUACAUGGAGGAACUCCUGCCAACUUUCUCGAUGUUGGAGGAAAUGCUUCUGAAGGCCAGGUGAUUGGGGCGUUUAAAAUUUUGACUUCUGAUGAAAAGGUCAAGGCAAUACUUGUUAACAUAUUUGGAGGAAUUAUGAAAUGUGAUGUCAUAGCAAGUGGAAUAGUAAAUGCUGCAAAACAGGUUCAACUAAAGGUACCUGUUGUGGUCCGUUUGGAAGGGACAAAUGUUGAUUUGGGAAAGGGCAUUCUUAAGGAAAGUGGAAUACAACUUAUUACAGCUGAAGAUCUGGAUGAUGCAGCUGAAAAGGCUGUGAAGGUAGCAGUAAAGUAAAUGACUUGUAAAUACUUAUUUGGGAGGAUAUCGCCCAUCAUUCUUGAAUAAGCCAAAUACAGAGUGCAGGCUUCCAUUGGACUGGAAAUCCACGAUUAACAUGUACUACGGACAAAAGCAAGUCCAAGAAAGAAUUCUUGGUUCUAUUAUUUAUUUAUGAGGUGUUCUUUCGGCCAUUUAUUUUAAUCAAUGAUGAGCAUUAAUCAACCAUUUUGGGCAUAUGGUACCAUGAGAGGCCCUGUUUGUUUACUCAUUCUAGUGCGCAAUGUAAUGGGUGAUUUCCUUGCUUUGAACGCAUUUGAUGUGAGUAUCUAUAACACAUUUAUUUACAUCUUA